CCAGAACUCUGGCAGCCCCAGGGCCAGAGAAGCGAAUUGUGAAUGGUUUGCUUGCUGAUCUGCUUGUUCAUCCUCACCAGGCCUCAGUCCAGCUCAAGAGCUCGGGUGGCUGGUAUCAUGCCUGUGGGGGAGCAGUCAUUGCUAGAAACAAGAUCUUGACAGCUGCUCACUGCAUCGAAGGUCGAAAUGUUUCCCAAAUACGUGUGGAAGUUGGAGUCAUGGACUUGUACGCCGCACCCAUUGCCUAUAAGCAGACUGUUGGAGUCAGCUCCCUAAUUAUCCACACUGGCUACAAACGAAAUGCUGCAGGCAUCCCCAAUGACAUUGGCAUUAUUUACCUGAGUUUUUCUUUAUCACUCAGCGACACUGUGCAGAUUGCAAAUCUGGCUCCUAAAGGAUCAUCAUUUGCUGGCACUAAGUGCGUCAUCACAGGAUGGGGUCGAACCGGGGCCAAUGAAGCCACGUCUCCAGAACUGCUGGAAGCUAAAAUCCCAGAGAUCACGACAGAUGAGUGUGUGGCCAGAUGGCAAGGACAGAAUAUCAACAUAAAGCACAUUUGUGUUUACGAUGCAGAAGCUCCCCUGGGAGACCGGCCUAGUGCCUGCAUGGGUGACAGUGGUGGUCCAAUGAUGUGUGGCGACAACUUUAAGUACCUAGCGGGCAUAACCUCGUGGGGUGUGUCAAGCUGCAGUGGUAAUUACCCAUCAGUGUACACUCGUGUCUCUGAAUAUCUGGAGUGGAUUGCUUCUAAUUAA